GCCGCGGCUGGACGGGAGCGGACCCGAACGGCGCUGUCCGCUCGGCCGCCCCGUCCCGUCCUGAACCGAGCCGGGGCGGGAGCCGCCGCCCCAUGCGCUGAAGGGGCGGCGGGAUGGGGCCGCGGGGCGCCCGCGGCUGGGCUGGCCGCGCCGGGGAGCCGGCUGCCGGCUGGACGUGCCUCCUGCCGCUGCUGCUGUGCGCUGCGCUCCGGAGCCUGCUGGCCAGCCCCGGCAGCGAGGUGAAUUUACUGGACUCACGCACAGUAAUGGGGGAUCUGGGCUGGGUUGCCUACCCAAAAAAUGGGUGGGAAGAGAUUGGUGAGGUGGAUGAGAACUAUGCUCCUAUACACACAUACCAAGUGUGCAAAGUGAUGGAACAGAAUCAGAACAACUGGCUUCUGACCAGCUGGAUCUCUAAUGAAGGGGCAUCCCGCAUCUUCAUUGAGCUCAAAUUCACCCUGAGGGACUGUAACAGCCUUCCAGGAGGACUGGGGACAUGCAAAGAGACUUUUAACAUGUAUUACUUUGAAUCAGAUGAUGAGGAUGGGAGGAACAUCAGAGAGAACCAGUACAUCAAGAUUGACACCAUUGCUGCUGAUGAGAGCUUUACUGAGCUGGACCUUGGCGACAGAGUUAUGAAGCUAAACACAGAGGUGAGAGAUGUUGGGCCCCUGACCAAGAAGGGCUUUUACCUGGCUUUCCAGGAUGUGGGGGCCUGCAUCGCCCUGGUGUCUGUGCGUGUGUACUACAAGAAGUGCCCCUCGGUGGUCCGCAACCUGGCUCGCUUCCCUGACACCAUCACGGGAGCCGACUCCUCGCAGCUGCUGGAAGUGGCUGGCGUCUGCAUCGACCACUCGGUGACGGAGGAGGCACCCAGGAUGCACUGCAGUGCCGAGGGAGAAUGGCUGGUGCCCAUCGGGAAGUGCUUGUGCAAGGCGGGCUACGAGGAGAAGAACAACACCUGCCACGUAUGCAGACCUGGGUUCUUCAAAGCUUCACCCCACAGUCCAUCCUGCAGCAAAUGUCCCCCUCACAGCUACACGCUUGAUGAAGCAUCCACAUCUUGCCUGUGUGAAGAGCACUAUUUUAGGAAGGAGUCAGACCCACCUACCAUGGCCUGUACAAGACCCCCCUCUGCUCCUCGGAGUGCCAUCUCCAAUGUUAACGAGACUAGUGUCUUUCUGGAAUGGAUCCCCCCUGCCGAUACUGGUGGAAGGAAAGAUGUGUCUUAUUUUAUUGCAUGCAAGAAGUGCAGCUCCCACUCGGGGCUGUGUGAGGCCUGUGGCACUCAUGUCAGGUACCUCCCCCAGCAAAGCGGCCUGAAAAACACCUCGGUCAUGCUGGUGGAUCUGCUGGCCCACACAAACUAUACCUUUGAAAUUGAGGCAGUGAAUGGAGUGUCCGACCAGAGCCCCGCAGUGCGCCACUUCGUGGCUGUCAAUGUCACCACAAACCAGGCAGCACCUUCUCCAGUCAGUAGUGUGAAAAAGGGGAAGAUCACUAAAAAUAGCAUCUCCCUUUCCUGGCAGGAGCCAGACCGACCCAACGGCAUCAUCCUGGAAUACGAAAUCAAGUACUUUGAAAAGGACCAGGAGACGAGCUACACCAUCAUCAGAUCCAAGGAGACGGUGAUCACGGCAGAUGGCCUGAAGCCAGGCUCAGUCUACGUCUUCCAGAUCCGCGCUCGGACUGCUGCUGGCUAUGGUGGCUUCAGCCGAAGAUUUGAGUUUGAAACCAGCCCUGUCUCAGUGGCUGCAUCCAGCGACCAGAGCCAGAUCCCUAUAAUUGUUGUGUCUGUAACGGUUGGAGUCAUUCUGCUGGUGGUGGUGCUUGGCUUCCUCCUCAGUGGCAGUUGCUGCGAUCAUGGCGGUGGGUGGGCUUCUACUCUGCGUGCUGUUGCCUAUCCGAGCCUUACAUGGCGAUGUGGCUAUAGCAAGGCUAAACAAGACCCCGAAGAAGAAAAGAUGCAUUUUCAUAACGGCCACAUUAAGCUUCCUGGAGUGAGGACCUAUAUUGAUCCCCACACCUAUGAGGACCCUAACCAAGCUGUGCAUGAGUUUGCGAAGGAGAUUGAAGCGUCCUGCAUCACCAUUGAGAGAGUUAUUGGAGCUGGUGAAUUUGGGGAGGUGUGCAGCGGGCGGCUGAAGCUGCAGGGGAAGCGAGAGUUCCCUGUGGCCAUCAAAACCCUCAAGGUGGGCUACACGGAGAAACAGAGGCGAGAUUUCCUGGGAGAGGCAAGCAUCAUGGGGCAGUUUGACCACCCCAACAUCAUCCACCUGGAAGGUGUCGUCACAAAAAGCAAACCAGUAAUGAUAGUGACUGAGUACAUGGAGAACGGCUCUCUGGAUACGUUUUUAAAGAAGAACGACGGGCAGUUCACCGUCAUCCAGCUGGUGGGGAUGCUGCGAGGCAUCGCCUCGGGAAUGAAGUACCUCUCUGACAUGGGCUACGUGCACAGGGACCUGGCUGCCAGGAAUAUCCUCAUCAACAGCAACUUAGUCUGCAAGGUGUCAGACUUUGGCCUCUCCAGAGUGCUAGAAGAUGACCCCGAAGCGGCGUACACAACCAGGGGAGGUAAGAUCCCCAUCCGAUGGACAGCACCUGAAGCCAUCGCCUUCCGCAAGUUCACCUCGGCCAGCGAUGUCUGGAGCUAUGGCAUUGUGAUGUGGGAGGUGAUGUCCUAUGGAGAGAGACCCUACUGGGAGAUGACAAACCAAGAUGUGAUUAAAGCUGUGGAGGAAGGCUACCGCCUGCCAAGUCCCAUGGACUGCCCUGCCGCGCUCUACCAGCUGAUGCUCGACUGCUGGCAGAAGGACCGCAACAGCCGGCCCAAGUUCGACGACAUCGUCAGCAUGCUGGACAAGCUCAUCCGGAACCCCAGCAGCCUGAAGACCUUGGUGAAUGCAUCCAGCAGGGUGUCCAGUCUUCUGGUAGAGCACAGUCCAGUGGGAAGCAGUGCCUACAGGUCAGUGGGGGAGUGGCUGGAAGCCAUCAAAAUGGGCCGGUACACCGAGAUCUUCAUGGAGAACGGAUACAGUUCCAUGGACGCUGUGGCUCAGGUGACCCUAGAGGAUUUGAGGCGGCUGGGAGUGACACUUGUUGGUCACCAGAAGAAGAUAAUGAGCAGCCUUCAAGAGAUGAAGGUCCAGUUGGUGAAUGGGAUGGUGCCAUUGUAACUGGGUUUUAAAGUCACUUCCUCAAAGUGGGUGGGUCCUGCACUUUGUACACUAGCCCUCAGAUUUAUUUUGACUAAAAAAAAACAAAAGAAGAGAAAAAAAAAAAGAGAGAGAGAGAGAGAAAAAGGGAAAGUCAGUGCUUUCUACAACUGAAAGACCUUGGCUUCUGCUUCAGUGUCGAUAAAGCAGUGGUUGACUUCCAAAAAAAGUUUUCCUUUUCUUCUUCUUUGUGUCCUCAUUUUCCUGAAGUUGAUGUAAGAUGCAUGGAACAUGGAAACGAAUCUGCCGUCACGUGAGGUGAACUCAUCUCUUAAGCUUCAGCCAGGACAACCAGAAGCCUCCCCACCACAAGCUGGGAGAUACCUGUAUCAAGAGGGAGAGAGAGCUCUAAGUAAGCCUAGCAGCUUUCCAUCCCGAGUCGCAGCAGCGCACGGUCGUGCUUCCAAGGACUGCCUUGAGCAGAGGAGUUUUGUGGCCAUCCACCCAGCGGGCUCCCCAGAAGCUGCACUUUGCUGGAGUUGCAGCUUGGAGUUGUAGGUGUCUCCAGGAGUGUCUUGAAGAGCAAUAUUGAUUAGAGUAUUUCUCCAUAGAGAUGUUGUUUUGUAAAUGUAAAGAAAAGGAUGGGGGGUAGGGGGGUGGAGGGAAGGAAAACAAUAAUAAAUGCUGUUACACAGCAUGAAGUUCCAGAGGCUGGCUGGUGUAUAAACAUGGUGCUUGCUCCAUGGUGGCAAAGGCAACACAGGGUGUAUAUUUUGAGGGUUGGGAUUUUGGUUUUGGUUGGUUGGUUUUGAUUUGUUUGGGGGCUUUUUGCCCCCCGCCGUGUGCCCAAGUUUGUUUGCUCUUCUGGGAGGACAUUCGUGCAGAAGAUGUAUACACUGUACAGUUUGCUACACAUCAAGUACAAGACCUGGGCUCUUUCCUUGGUUUGGCCUUUUUUUUUUACCUGCCCCUUUCUCUUUGGUUUGUCUCUCUUUUCUGUUACUGCUCUGUCAUUUGGGUGGGUUGAGGGUUUUGGGUUUUUUGGUUUGGUUUGGUUUUUUUUGCUGCUGUUUGCUUUAGGCAACAUCUGAAGCCUCUGGGAGGUUUGGAUCCAUGGAUCAGGUAGAAUCACGGAAUUGCUUCAGUUGGAAGAGGCCUGUAAGCCUCCUCCUUUGAACUGUUCAAGGCCAAGCUGGGUAAGGCCUUGAGCAACCUGAUCUGGUGGGAGGUGUCCCUGCCUAUGGCAGGGAGGUUGGAACUGGAUGAUCUUUAAGGUCCCUUCCAACCUAAACCAUUCUGUGAAUCACCAAGUCCAGCCCUCAACCCAACACCACCAUGGCCACUAAACCAUGUCCCCGAAUGGCACAUUCACACAUGUCUUAACCACCUCCAGGGAGGCUGACUCCACCACCUCCCUGGGAAGACAGCAGAGACAUGGAAAAACAUGGCAACUUCUCCUCUGGGUGGGAGAUGCUAGAAAGCAACCAAUCAACCCACACAGCCACUAGGAGGGGGGACCUGACUCCAGCAUCUCAUCAGAGCUAGAGGCAGGUCUAAUUGCAAAGCUAUAGAUCAUAGAGGCCCUGCCACAACAUAGAAUCAUAGAAUGGUUAGAGUUGGAAGUGGCCUCCAAAGGUCAUCCAGUCCAAUCCAACUGCAGUCAGCAGGGAUAUCCUCCACUAGAGCAGGUUGCUGAGACUCUUGUCCAGCCUCACCCUGAAUACAUCCAGAAAUGGGGCCUCAACUCCCUCCCUGAGCAGUCUGUUCCACACAGGUCUGUGGGUUAAAUGGAAGAUGUGAAGUGCCCCAGAUUAGCAGUGCAGUGAGGGUUUGCUCCUUUGAAAUCCAUACCUUUAAUUUCUGCUUCUUCUCUCAUUAGCCUGGUUUGAGACCAUCACCACCACAGGGAGAUUUUGCAUGUAGACCAUUUUCGUAAGGGGCUUCUGUCCUAGAAGGAGUCUGCUUAAUUAAAAGAUGUUGCCCCUGACUUCCUUUCCAUCAUGGACUGGGGACGCCCAGAAGGAGAGAAAUAAAACACUUGAUUCUCAGUGGCUUCCAGUGACAACAUGGCAUUAAUUUCCACAUGUAUGAGUCCUGCUCAAAGACAGCGUGGGAUUGCCUCCUGCAACUAGAAACAAGACACAGACCUGCUGGAGUAAGUCUGGAGCAGGGCCACAAGGAUGAUCCAAGGGCUGAAGCACCUCUGCUAUGAGGACAGGCUAAGGGAGCUGGGUUUGUUCAGCCUGGAGAAGAAAAGACUCUGAGGAGGACCUUAGCGCUGCCUUCUAAUACCUGAAUGGAACCUACAGGAAGGCUGCAGAAGGACUUUUCGUGAAGGUGUCUAGAGACAGGACAAGGAGAAUGGUUUGAAGCUGAGGGAAAGCAGGGUGAGACUGGAUACUAAGAAGAAGUUUUUCACUAUGAGAGUGGUGAAAGUCUGGAAUAGGCUGCCUAGGGAGGCUGUGGAUGCCUUCUCCCUGGGGGCGUUCAAGGCCAAGCUGAAGGAGGCCUUCAACAGCCAAGCCUAGUUGAGAGGCAUCCCUGCCUAUGCCAUGGAGGUUGCAAUAGAUGAUCUCUGAUGUCUGUUUCAUCCUGAGCUAAUUCUCUGAUUCUAUGAACAGUGUUCUAGUCUGGUAGCCAUCACCCACUGCAGCCCUCACCUGCUUCUCUGAAGCCCAAGAGAGAAACCACAGUGUGGUUUUAGCUGGAAGGAAGGAGUCUUGCUGUUCCUCUUCUCAUUACAGGAGUUAAAUCCUGUAAUGAGAAGAUGCAGUGUGGAGGGGAGGUUAUGGUCACCCAGCACGGAGAUUUUGCAGCACCUCCUCCAAAGUGGUGGUAUUAUUCAGAGUACUGUGCUGUUCUAGGUUGUGUCUCUGGGCAUUUUCAGUUUGAGUAUGAACCACUUCAGGGUAGAGCACAGAGAUGAGGUAAGAGCAGGGUAGCCUAACAUAGUCACAUUAGUGGCAUCCCAUGGGAGAGAAGGUUCCAUGCAUCUUGGGGUGACAUGGGCUGAGGUCAAAACUUGGUUGGAGCUGAGAACUGUGUGUGAAUUAAAUGUGUGAAUUAAAGCUUAUGCUGUUUUCAGAGGGAUCUGAGGGCAACCUGAUCCCCUGAAAAUCCCACCAAGAAACAGUUUGGAGCUGUCCUCCUUUUGUUGUGGGUAGGACUAAUCAGGGCAUUUAAUUUGGUUUUGAUCCUGCUCUGGCCAGGGGCAUUGGACUGGAUGAUCUUUUGAGGCCCCUUCCAACCUCUAACCUUCUGUGAUGGCUUCUGUGAUUCACAGCUUGAGCUUUCUCUUUUUGAAGGCUUUGGUGAAGAUAAAGAUUUAAAACUGACCCAGCAGAAGGCAGGUAUCUGCUGGUUUUGUAGAUACACUGCUGCCUCAGAAGCAUCUUGUAGCUUCCUUCCUUUGUGGUAAUGUCAACACUGACUUCCUGCAGCUUCCUCCACUCCUAGUGCUACAAAGCCAAGCUGAAGGAGCUCAGCCAGUGCAAGAGUGUGUCCUUCACACCUAUCAGAAGCAGGUGUUGAAUGUCAGCUCUUGCAGAGGUCUUUAUUCCAUUUUCCCCAAGCCUUUGGAUGAGACUUGGCACAAAGAAUGGUCUCUAAAUAGAAAGGGAAAGGUAUAGGAUAAGGUUGGGUGGGGUUUUUAUCCUUACCAGCAGGGCUGUCUUCAUUUCAGCAGAGCAGUAUUUGGCUGUUCUAGAAUGACCUCCUCCUCUGCCAGCUUCUUCCAAACUCCUUGGCAAUGGGGAGAAAUGGGAGGGAGAGGAGGCACAGUGAGGUCUGACGGUGUGGUUUCUCAUCCUCUUGGUUUGUACUGACACUCCCUGGACCACAAAAGGUGGGGAGGAAUCAAGACAUCACAGUUUCAGCUGCGUGAAGAGAUUUGUCAUCCGCUAAGUAAGAUCAUUAGAGCUCUCAGCACAACGGCUUGGGAUUGUUUGUGCCUCCCUGCCUGCCACACUGGGCAAAAGAGUGCCUGGGAAAAUAGGAACAACUCCUUUUGUCAGCAGGAACCCUUGGGUUGCCACCCACACCCACCAGCUACACCCAAAGACAGGCCAGAAGCAAACAUGCUGCACUUUCUGCCCCUUGUCUCUGCUGGGAGAGUUGGGUUUGGUCCUUUUUCGUGGGGUUACAGUUGGGUAUGGUCCUUUCUCAUGGGGUUACAACAGCAACAAGCCCCCCUCCUUUUUUUUUCAGCAUUUGUGGGAUUUUAAAGGUGUCUGAGCUAUGGCUGGGAUGCAUAGCAGGUGCUGGAGCAACCUCCAAAAAGGAUGAACUAAUGGAAAGCAAAGUGUUCUGAAGACAGGCCACAUUUGUAAAUAGAAUGCCUCCUCUCAGUUCCACCAAUAAACAACUACAGACCCUUUUCUACUUCUUCCAAGAGCUGUUACUGCCACAGGGCUCUGUGUAACUGGCCUUGUCUCCCAGCUAGAACUGAAACAAAAUGGGCUAGGGUCCAAAAGUUCACAGCAUCUAUGCCUACAAGCAAAUUCCAGAGACAAGGGAGAGGAGACUUUAUGGUUCCCGUUCCAGAACUGCAAAUAUUUUGGGUGGGACUGAGGCACCCUCAGUAAGUGUGCAGAUGAUAGCAGCUGAGUGGUGUGGUUGAUAAGACUGAAGGAUAGGAUGGGGCCAUCCAGAGGGACCUAGACAGGCUGGAGAGGUGAGCUGAGGAGAAUCUCAUGAGGUUCAAUAGGGCAACAUGCAAGGUCUGCACCUAGGUUGGGGCAAUCCUCAAUAUCAGUCCAGAGCUUUGCAGAGAAGAACUUGGGAGUGCCAGUUAGGGAGAAGCUGGACAUGAGCCAGUUCUGGAGAUGCUCAAGGUCAGGCUGGGCAAGGCUCUGAGCAACCUGAUCUAAUACAGGAUGUCCCUGCUGACUGCAGGGGAAUUGGACUGGAUGACCUUUGGAGGGCACUUCCAAUGCAAACCAUUUUAUGCCUCUAAGAUCUAUCUUGGGGUGCAGCAGAAUGAGGUAACAGUGAUCUUUUACUGGUUAUUCUGCUCUGUAAGCACUGUAGAUAGAUUUCCUGCCUUUGGUCAGGCCAAGGGCUUCACUUUCCCAGCCUGCUGCAGCUGGUCUAAGGAGUAUUUAGGUUGAGUUUUGGUUUGUCCUUUUUUUCUGGUAUAUUUUGCUGCUAAUUGUGAGGCAGGUAUUCCAAAAGACCUAGGGGAACAAAAAGGCUUUUCAUUCUGCAAGAAGGAGGUUUUGCCAAGCAUGACCUGUGUAGAGGGAGCCCUUUUGUUGUGUAGCUGUCAUCCAGAAAACAAAAAAACAACAAAGAAAUGACCUGAGUGUAAAAAGGAAUAGCUGGCUGAAAAAAAAUCAGUUUAAAAUCAUAGAAUCAACCAGGUCGGAAGAGACCUCCAAGAUCAUCCAGGCCAACCUAGCACCCAGCCCUAGACAGUCAACCAGACCAUGGCACUAAGUGCCUCAUCCAGCUUUGCUUGAACACCUCCAAGGAUGGUGACUCCACCACCUCCCUGGGCAGCCCAUUCCAAUGCCAAUCACUCUCUCUGGCAACAACUUCCUCCUAACAUUUCUUCUGUCCUCCUUUGUUAACAGAAAGAACCAAAACGUGCAGGGAAAUUUCUUGAGGGGUAUGAAAAUGAAGGUGAAGUCUUUGAGGCUAUGAAAAUGGAGGGUUUGAAAAUGAAGGUAAAUUUGGGGGGUAUGAAAACAAAGGUAAUUAUUUUUCAAGGAGAGAGAAGAAUGAAGACUUUUUUGUUUGUUUUUGGAGGGUGUGAAAGUGAAGAUAAGUUCUUGGGGGGGCUAAAAAAAUGAAGGGUAAUUUGGGGAGGAUGUGAAAAUGAAGGCAAUUUGGUUUUAUUCAGUGUUGAAGAUAGCUCAGAAGGUCUCAGUGAUGAUGGAACUGUGACUGCAUGGAUGGCUGUGAUCCUAACAGUAGUUGUUAAGGUAGAUUUAAGAUACACCAGGAGUAGUCUCGUGCUUGGAUCUCAAUUUCUCAAUCCUUUAUUGCAGUGGCUUAGGGCAGGAGCUUGGUGCUGCUUGGUUUAACUGCUAGGAGACUGUAGCCUGGCUGUAUUUAUUCCUCCCUUUCCACCUCCUUCCCUCUCACACCUCCUCAGAUGCUCUCUGUGCAUUUUGUUUGUGUACAUGGCUGGGCAGUUUUGUUUGCUUUCUUUUUGUUUUUCUUUGGGUUUGUAGUGCAAGAUGCUGAAAUUUUCUAUUUUUUCAUAACAAUAAACCCCUUUGACUAAUGGAGACAUCCAUUUGUGGAUCACACACACCCUCCUCAGCCUUCCACAAAGCCUCAGGUGUUUCCCCUUGGAAAGGAAAUAAAUUCUUUUUGUCUUUUUCUCACCUAUAAA